ACACAGACAAACGCGGAAAUGUUGAUAAAUUGUAGAUGUUUCAGGACAUAGAGAUAAUUUUUGCAUUUAGAUUUAUACUUUUACUUGCGGUUAAACUGCUCAAAUACAUUUAGAUGUUUGUUUGUGAUGUUCACAGAUAGCAAGAAAAUGGCUUGAUAGUGAGAAAAUGGCGGGAGACGGAAAACCAUUGAAGAGAGUGAAGUUAAACGAUGACUAUGGCGGCAUUUAUCUGUCAUUUACCCAAAACGAGCUGCGGAAAUUGAAAUUGGCCUUGUCUUUAAUUGACCACAAACUGUCAGGUUAUGGUGUUGGAAUAUCAAAGAUUACAGUAUGUGAUGCUCUGUGUUCUAAAUCAUUUUCAGCUGCAACAUGUGAUUGUGAAGUGUUUUGUAAGCCAUGCAUUAAGAAUGAUGGCUCUGUGUCUGUACCAGAAGGAUAUAACCUAAGUGGUAUUUUUCAGUAUGGCUUUGAUAUGUUAGAGUCAUACAUUGCAUCCCAGGAAUACAUUCCUCAAAGGAAAGGUGUCAGGCUGGCUUUGGCAAAGUUGCUGAUGUUUUUGUCGGAUAAAGGUUCAACAGAAAAAGCACUUUCACAUGUACCAGUAGAUGUCACUUUAGCAGAAUGGACAGUGAUUGUAGCGCAUCACUUGCUCUCAAAGCUCACUAUUGGUUCACAUUACGUAUUGGACAGAGUUUGCAAAGGGAAAUGCAAGGACAUGAUGUGUACAUGUGGAUGUAGAGAAAGACUGACAGGGCAAUGUGGAGACACAACUCUUGGUGUUCCGUCAUACUGGUAUAGGCGUACUGAUAUAAUGAUGGAUGUUCCAGUUACAACCCUAGCAACAGAAGAGUCAGAAACACCAGUAGGUGAAGGACACAGUUCCCCUACAGAAAUGAAACCAUCACAAAGUUUGCCAGCAAGCAAAGAACACAUAAGGGCUGAAACCAUUAUCCAUUCUUUCUUGCAAAAGAAGUACCAUCCUGAACUUGAUAAUUUUCUUAUUCCCACUAUUGCCAUGUCUAGAACACAUGUUGCUGUUUGUAUGUAUGACUGUGAGAACGACGUAUUUCUUGAAACUCCUCUUCUGAAUCUUUUUCAAGGUAAAUUUCUGAAGGAAGCUACUGUUGUAACACUUUGGUUAGCUUUGAAUUUUAAAUAUUGCUGUUCUGGUGUUCCGGAUGAAAUCAUGGACACUGCAUUUAAAGCGGACUUUUUCAAACAAGUGGGGCCUGUACUCGAAAAUUACUUUAGUGAUGUUACUGCUCCUUGCGACUAUCGGCCAAAGCAUGAAUGGCUUGUAGUGCCAAAAUUUGGAAAAGUUAAAGGGAAGGUUGAUAAUGUUAAUCAGAUAUAUCGUCCUCCGAAAUAAGAAAAUAAUAAUGGAUUUACUUUGUCCUGAGUUGCUAGGCUGAAUGAAGUUUGAAAUAAUAGGUGGAUUGGUUUUAAAAAGUCUGUUGUAAGUGAGAUCACUUACCGGUAUUAGUAUAAAGAAUCUAAACAAAUAUCUUUUGUUUGCGGUAUAUAAAUGUUAUAAAAUUCUUCAAAAUGAUACAGGGCGGGGCGUAUGUUCUCCGUGACUAUUUGAUAAACGACAUUGUGUCUGAAAUCAUUAGUCCUCCACCUCUGAUAAUUCAUGUGGGGAAGUUGGCAGUUACUUGCGGAGAACAGGUUUGUACUGGUACAGAAUCCAGGAACACUGGUUAGGUUAACUGCCCGCCGUUACAUGACUGAAAUACUGUUGAAAAACGGCGUUAAAACCAAAACGAAACGAAAAAAUCAAAAUGAUACAUGAUGUAAUAAAUUAACACUUUGUUAUGCCUAUGAUAGAUGAUGCAAUAAACAAACACUGUAUA